AUGUACUCGACGCCCUUGAAAAGCAGAAUUGACUAUAAUAACAAUACAUUUGCUGGAUCAACUCGGGUGCUGACGGGAGAAGCUGGUAAUUAUAGUAAAGAUGCAAUGAAUCACUCCAUGCCAGUUGUUUUGAGUGGUACGUCCAAUGGAAUAUUGGGCUCCACGACUGCCGGCCCCGCCGGCAGUACGGGAUUUGGUCUGGGCGGAAACGGGUUUAGUUCCUUGAAUGGGACUAGAUCUGCCAUUGGAUCCACGGCCAUCAUGGCUCCAGAUCUCACGAAUGUGACAGAACAUCUGAGAGUUAGUGGACUCGGCAGUGCAAAGCCAUUAGAGUUGGCUAGUCAGUACAUUGAGCAUUUAGAAUGUCGCGAUGCGAAUACGCCAGUGUUAGACGAGCGUUCGUACUAUAAUAAUGGUGUAAAUUACAAUUUUAGCAAGGAAGUAGGAGGACUGGGAGCAUUUACGCCCUUCGAGAGGCAACAGGUCAUUCACAUACCAGACGAAAUUUUGAAAGAGGCAGCGAAGACAGAAAUCAAGAGUGACAUGGGUAUCUUCCCAGAGAUCAAUCGUUGUUGGAUUACAAUAGACAAUAAGUUGAUACUGUGGAAUAUUGAAGAUAGUACGGACUAUCAGUCCAUUGACGAAAUCAAACAUACAAUCUUAAAGGUUGCAUUGGUUAAACCAAGGCCGGAUGUUUUCGUAGAUUAUGUUCAACAUCUUUUACUUAUAUCAACACCUUUUGAUAUUUAUAUUUUGGCAGUAUCGUAUCUCCCAGAGACAGGCGGGCUGAGCGUUUUCAAUACGGGAAUGUCCGUUUCUGUUCAUGGGCUAGAUAUAUCCGAUAUUGCAUGUUACGAAAAGACAGGGCAAAUUUUCUUCGCAAGCAAAACAAAAGGACUAAAUAUUUGGGGUUUACUUUAUUCAGGCUCUGACGAUUGGUUUAAUAGUAAAUGCAGUAAAGUUUGUCUUACCCAAUCGGUAUGGUCCAGUCUAUUACCCACAACUAUAACAUCGAAAAUACCUGGUACAGGUUUUAUUCAGUCACUUUUUGAAGAAGACUCCAAAUAUGCCCAAGAAACAAUUGUUCAAGUAACUAUCGAUCAAUCUCGUGGUAUUCUAUAUUGCUUGUCCUCCAAGUCAAAUAUCAAAGCUUAUUACAUUCAUGGUAAUUCCUUGGAAGGUCCAAUGACUAUUGAGCCUAGCUAUAUCAAACGAAUUAUGGGUACCACGUCCGCUAGGGAUGCGGCAAUCCUGGGAAAUAAAUAUUUGAAGAUUUCAAAAGUUGUUCCUGUAACAUUACAAGAAAACAACAACCUUUUCCUGGUUGCUAUCACCAUUGGCGGUGUUCGUCUGUAUUUCAAUGGGUCUAUCGGUAGGUCCGGAAUUGAAGCACUGAGGUUAGAAUCUGUGAAAUUCCCUCCAAGUUCAGUAACUCCAGAGGUUAUUCAACAGGAGUUGCAACAACAGCAACUAGAACAGCAAAAGAAAAAUUUACGUUUUUACUCCAAUUUAGGCUCCUCAGAAUCUGUUCUGUUGAAAUUUCAAAAGAAGUCUUCUGUACUACUAGAAACAACUACUGCAAGUGACAUUAUUUCUCCGGGAAUCUUUUUCUGCUCAGUCAAGAAAUCAUCAACCAGUGCUAGUAAUAACAAACAAGGAAAUAACAAACUGCCUGAGAAUAUCGCAUCAGAAACUAUGCCAGUGCAAAACCCAGUUGAGCAUAAACUAUUUGCCAGUGUUCCUGAUUAUGGUAUUUUGAAAAAUCAUGGUAAAUACAUUGAGAAUACAACCUUGUUGGACACAACUGGUCCUAUAAAAGGAAUUUUUCCUUUAACAGCAACAUUCAAUGCAACUCAAAAGCCUGAAGGUUAUGCGAAUGAGUUCGCCACUCAGUAUAAUGCUGAAAAUCUAAAAAUUGCAGUUCUAACAAACAAUGCCAUUGAAAUCUACAGAUAUAGAACACCUGAUGAAGUGUUUGAAUCUUUGAUUGAUGAUCCUUUACCAUUCUUAUUGAACUAUGGUGUUCCUGAGGCUUGUUCAACAGCUUUAUUUGUAACAUGCAAAUUAAACAAAUCAGAAGCUUUGAGAUCGGCUGCUUUAACCUUUUUCACAGUGGGAAUUCCAGGAAUCGUUGACAUAAAACCCACAUAUAAGAAAUAUGUUGUUUCUGCAGUUUCUUCUCUCUUCAAAAAGCCCGGCUUAGAAGUGACUCCUCAUAAGUCAAUCAACGGUUCCAAUCAGAUAACUACAGGGAGGGCAUUAACCGCCCAAGAAAAAGGUAACUUCGACUUAGAUGAUGUGGUACUAUCUGCUAGGUUCUAUGGAAUUGGUCUUCUAAUUACCAGACUGUGUAGAGACAUUUGGAGCAGAAAUAUUUUUACUGUAAACAGUGAAGCAGAUACUAAUAUAACUAAACAGCAGAUUGGAUCUGCGCAAGAGAAAAAUUUGAUUAGUGGAAUCUCCAUCUCAAAAUCUGACGUUGAGUAUUAUUUAUCAUCAAUAUCAAUCAUAAAUGAGUUUUUUACCACAUAUGGCAAUUCUCUAACGACUGUUUAUCCUUCUGUUGCAGGGAAUUCAGACGGAACCGGUAAAACUGUUGACAAAUCAGAGGAAGUUGCAAAUCAAGCUGAAAGCAUUGCUAUUAAUUCUAUGAUAAGACUAGUUCAGUCAAUCAUGGAGGCGCUUUCAUUUUUGAAUGUACUAUAUGAGGAAAGCGAGGUUGAAGGAUACGAACAGCAAUAUGUAGCAUUCAAGGAUAUUAUCAAGUUUUUGAAUCGGGAUAUUCAAACUGCUUUGUCCAAACUCAAAUUCAAGCACCUAUUUGCACCAAAUGAAAAUGUUAAAACGCUUGUGAGAGAGAUAUUAUCUUCUAUCAUUAAUAGGAACAUCACAAGAGGAGCUUCGAUUGAAUACACAGCUACCGCCUUACAGGAGCGUUGCGGAUCUUUCUGUUCAAGCAGUGAUAUUUUGGGCUUCAGAGCUAUAGAGCACCUGAGAAAAGCGAAAGAAAUAGGGCUGAGAGAUAAUGAGACUUUAAGAUAUCACUUAAAUAAUGCGGUAAAAUUAUUUGAAAGAAUUGUUGAUCACCUUUCGAUGGAAAAAUUGAAGGAGGCUGUAUCGAUUAUGCUUGAACUUAACUAUUUUCCAAAGACAAUUGAAUUUUUGUUGAACAUUGCGAACUCAAUAGAUAAGGCAAAAUUAGCAUAUCAAUAUGUUUCUGAUGGCUACCUGGAGCAUGAUGGUAGGAAAGUGUUUUACGAGAAACGUUUGAUAAUUUAUGAUCUAGUAUUUGAAACUCUAAUUAGAGUAGAUGAAAUGGCAGCAAAGAGUACCUCAACGAUCGUUGGAAAUAUAAGCGUCUCAAAUGAAAUGAUUGCUUCGCGAGAAGACAGUUAUUCAGUAGCUUUAAAAUAUAAUGACAAGUUAUUUCAUUAUAAGCUCUAUGAUUGGCUAGUCUCUCAGAAAUCAGAAGAUAAAUUAUUACAAUUGGAUACUGAUUUUAUACUGCCUUAUCUGAAAGAAAAAUCUAAGGAAUCGUUAGAGAUAUCCAAUCUACUUUGGGUAUACCUUUCAAGAAGAUCGAAGUUUUUUGAGGCUGCUGAGAUUCUUUACUCUUUGGCAGGCUCUGAUUUCACAUUACAGUUGGGACAGAGAAUAGAAUAUCUUUCCCGUGCCAAUGGAUUUUGUAAUGGUGAAUGUCCUCUGAGUCAAAAACAAAAUAUGGUACAGUUAGCUGAUAUGAUAUCUGAGAUUUUUGAUGUUGCAGCAGUCCAAGAUGAUUUGCUGUCUUUGAUAAUUACUGAUAAUAGAAUUGAUUCAAAGGUUAAGGAUGAGUUGAUAGAGCAAUUGGAUGGAAAGAUCCUACCAAUUAGUGAUUUAUUUAAUGAUUUCGCUGCUCCAUUGGGAUAUUUCGAAGUAUGCCUAGUAAUAUUCAAGGUAUCUGAUUUUAGAAACCAGGAAGAAAUUAUGGCCAAAUGGGAAGAACUUUUCAAAUCAAUGAGAAGAGAGUUAGAUGAAAGUGGCAAAAUUGAAGAUUCCUUAAACUUUAUCAACCUUUUAUCGAAUGUCACCAUAAAAGUUGGUAGACAAAUACAUACAUCAGAAUUUGUCUUUCCAGUUUCGGAUCUUUUCCCAAUUAUUACAAGCCUGUUCUAUGAAGCAUUGCCUAAUGAUCAUAUAAGAGAUGGUUCCAUCGCCUCAAUUUUUAUUUCCGCUGGUGUAAGCUACGGUAAAUUGUACUACAUUCUAAAAGGUCUUAUUGAGACCUCAGAUUCUUCAAACACAUCAUACCAGAGAGAGAUGUUAUGGUUAUUAAAGGAAUGGUAUAAGUGUGAUAGAAAGCUCAGAGAUAUCAUCAAAUAUGAUGAAAUUACGAAACUAAGCGAAUAUACAAUCGAAACAGAUCCUAUUGAACAGUACACAAAGAGAACAGGUAACAGUAUAUGA